AUCUCCACGCACUUGAUGCGGGGCGCAGUUUUUGCGUGGCGCUCGCUCGGUGCGCAGCAGCAGUGCGACUGAAAGUGGACUUUUUUUUUUCUUUCUUUUUUUUUCACGCACACAUCCGUGGGAUAUUUUUUUUUUUUAAACGUGUUUUUAAAAGAAAAGAUGAGUCAAGAAAGGAUUUAGCUGUCACCCGGCCGGGACCCAUCAGGAGGACAUCCGUUACGCCGGCCGGGUUCGGUCCAUGCCAUUCGGGCUGCCGCUGCGACCACCGCCGGUCCGGAAGGCAGAGUCGGAACCGUUCGGCGCCGGUUGCGCACGUGCGGAUGCGGAGAGCCGAGUCGAGCAACACGGCUCUUUUCGAAAUGUGACAUUUGCGGUGCGACCACGACGUUGACAGCCGCGCUUGCCCCCUCUUCACGUUCCCCAUCGCAUCUACCGGCAUCGAGCAAAAAAAAAAAAAAAGAGAUGGCGUUCCACUUGGUCCUGUUCCUGCUGCUGCUGACCCACCGGACCACGGGCCAAGACUCCGAGGAUCCCGAUGCUCUCCCGACGGGCUGCGGUUGGGGCCUGGGACGACCCUACACCCUCCUCUGCGACCUAGACUCCAUAUGGGGUGUCGCCGUGGAGUCGGCGGCGGCGGGCGGCGUGCUGGCGGCAAUCUUGCUGGCCUUGGUCCUGCUCUGCCGCGUGCGUCACAUCAGCGAGGCGGAGAAGCGUAGCGGCGUCGGCCCCAUCCUGUUGCUGCUCCUGGGCGUGGUGGGCUUGUUCGGGCUGAGUUUCGCUUACCUGAUCGAGCAGGACGAGACGCUGUGUCUUCUCCAGAGGGCCCUGUGGGGCCUCCUCUUCGCUCUUUGCUUCUCCUGCUUGCUGGUGCAGGGCGUGCGCCUGCGCAGGGUGGGCCGGGAACGCCGCGGCCCAGGGGGAUGCGCUCUCUCGGGCCUGGCGUUGGGCCUGAGCGCCGUGCAGGGCAUCAUCGCCGCCGAGUGGCUCCUCUUGACCGUGCUGAGGGAGGGUCGCGCCGCCUGCCAGUACCUCCCCAUGGACUUCUCGCUGGCUUGCAGCUACGUGCUGGCCCUCCUGUUAGCCGCCUUGACUGCCGCCGCUCUGGCUCUAUGCGGGAAGAGCCGUCGGUGGCGCUGCAGUGCCGUUUGGCUGCUGGUCACCUGCCUGCUGUCGCUGCUGCUGUGGGCGGCCUGGGUCGGCUUCUAUCUGUACGGAAACUCCUGGCUCGAAAAGUCCCCAGAAUGGAACGACCCGGCGCUGGCCAUCGCCUUAGUCGCCCAGGGCUGGCUCCUGCUCAUCUUCCACGCCAUUCCCGAGUCGCACAUAUGCCUGAAGCCUCCGCCGCAGCCCACCGCCCCGGACUACUUCGACACGUCACAGAACUCCACGCGGCUGAGGGAGACCAGCUUCGAUGAAGACAUCCCGCUCUCUCACAGGCAGUUUGUGGAGAACCAGGGAUACGGAUACAACGAUGAAAACACCGCAGGAUUGAGGAGCGGCAGCAGCGCCGGGCAGCACAACAGCAACACGGGCGCCAGGCCCAGCGCUCCCUUCCGCAGUAACGUCUACCAGCCCACCGAAAUGACCAUGAUCCUGAACGGGGGAGCGGUGAGUACAUCCUCCCAGUCGCAGGUGCCCUCUGCCCCGCCUACCUACACGGGAAGGCAGCUGUGGUGAAGCGGGGCAGUCCAAAUCGGGCAGGCGACAAAGCGGGUGGAGGUGGAGGAGGAGGAGGAUGCAAAAUAUGGAUGCCACUUUCACUCUGUACAGACUUUAACACUGACUUGUGUGCCAAUCUAAUAUUGUAUAGCGUGUCGAUGUGUGAGAAAAAGGAGGUAAUGAACGACACAGCUAAAAAAAAAAAAAAAAAAAAAGUUUUAGCUGUGUCCUUCAUCCUUUCAAAGUCAAUGUGGGAUAUGUGUGUCAAAAAAAAGAGUGUUAAGUGUGUAUUCCCUACAACAACCCCUCCCUCUUCAGACUCUUCUCCCAUUGGCUUCAUCCCUCUACCACUACAGUAUAUGACCACACAUUUGCAUGGACGCACAGAGUGACAGCACCUGCACAGAAGGAUGGGAAGCUCCUGCAGCGAUGAAGAUGAUGGUUCAUGAAUAUAGGUCCAACUCCAAUGGCAGGAGAAACUAUCACAGGAAUGGAAUGGAGCGAAGAUCACGUCCUAGGAACAAGAGAGAUAUGUUUAAAAAAAAGCAAGACGGACUAUUUUUAGAAGUGUGAGAUAUCUGAGGGUCUGAGACACGGAUCAAAUUCACAGGGCAAGGCUGUAAAAUAAGCUGAAAGAAGAGGAGGAGGAGGAGGGGGGAGAAUCUUCAUGUUGUGGUUGUCUUUAGUUAGUGGACACUACUUCCACCUCCUCCUUCUGAACUCUUGUUUCACCCGAGUGUCCAUUUCAUCCUGUCAGCUUUCACUGGAGAAGCUGUGUACAUACUGUAGUAGUGAUGUAAAAAUAAUAAUAAUAAUAAUAAUAAUAAUCCCUGCUUGCUUGUUUAUGUUUUUAUUAUUAAUGAAUUAACCAUAGGCUGUUUGGACACAUCAUAAAACGUGGCAAUUGCUAUUUGUAUUUCUUUACAAAAAAAACAACCUGAUUUGCAUUUGUUUUUUUUAAACUUUUUUUUCUGCCUGCUACAUAAGCAGUGUUUUUUUUUUUUUUUUUUUUAUAAGACAAAAUGGCUGUGAAUAAUUUCUGGCACUUGAUGCAGUAAAAAAAAAAAAAGACUGUUAUAUAAUGUUGUAGUUUUAAAGGAGUUAAUAGGAAAAAAACAGACCAGUACAGAAACAAACUUUAAAAAAAUGCAGUCAGAGAGGAGCCCUCACAGCAACACAUGACUAAGAAAAGGCUGCUGCGUUCUACACUGUUUAUGCCUCUUCCAAAAUAGGAGCUCAGCACAACAGGCCCGUGCCAUGCCCAAAGACAGCCUUGCUACGGUUGGGGCCUCACUUGAACACUGAAUACAGGAACAAGGUUUUAUAACAUGGGUGGCAGGAACAAAAGGGUUAAGUCACAGAAGCGAGGGUUAAUAACGUGUUCUACAGGAACAAAGCGUGGAAUGGCAGAACCGGGUUAACGUGACCUACUGGAAGAAUAUUUGACAAAUGGUAACAGAAACAAAGGUCAACAUGGGCUACAGGAGCAAGCGCUGCGCAUGAGUUACAGCACAAAGGGUUAAAAAUGGCUCGGAUGGGGUUUACAGAAAGAAGGGUACGUGUAGGCCACAGGAACACGCGUUAAUAACAUGCCCUACAGGAACUAUGUUUAGCACCAGCUACAGGAACACACAUUCAAAUGAUUUACAGGGCAAGGCUUGGUAAGUUGGACACAGGGACAGGUGUUCAUAACAUGCGCUGUAGGAACAAGGGGUUAAGUUACUGGAACGAUAUUUAACCAAGGCAACAAGGAAGGAACUAGAUCAGUGGUUCUUAACCUGGGUUCGAUCGAACCCUAGGGGUUCGGUGAGUCGGCCUCAGGGGUUCGGCGUAGCCUCCGCCACGGAGGUAAAGACACAUCCGACUUAUCUUGUAAAUAAAAACUUCUCCCUAUCGGCGUAUUAUGGACACCCCCAAACAAUGUUCCCUCUUAUUUGCAGGUUUUUUGAUUGAUCGAUUGAAACUUUUACAAGUACAUUGCAAAGGAAGAGAAUACAUUAUAUGAAACAGUACAGUUUACACAGUACAGUACAUAUUCCGUAAAAUUGACCACUAAAUGUAACACCCGAAUAAGUUUUUCAACUUGGUUAAGUCGGGGUCCACGUUAAUCAAUUUAUGGUAAUGUGUGUAAGGUGUGUCAUUUGUUUUGAGUUCAUGCACUGUGUUGGUUUUGUUCUUUGAACAAGGUGAUGUUCAUGCAUGGUUCAUUUUGUAAAAACUUUUUCUUGAAUUUGAAUAAAACAAAAACAUUUUAUUUUUCACUAAAGGGUUCAGUGAAUGCGCAUAUGAAACUGGUGGGGUUCGGUACCUCCAACAAGGUUAAGAACCACUGAACUAGAUGUUUACUUUAGCGAGAGGAACAAAGAAAAUGGUUAUGGUCAGCAAUAGAGGCCGGAACAGGGUUCUCCGUAGGCCACAGGAACAGGGGUUUAUGUCAUUAACUACAGGAACAAUGGUUAAUAUCAUGAACAUUGGCCACAGGAACAAGAUGUUUACUUUAGCUACAGGAACAAGGGUACGCUAAAGGAAAAUGGUUAAGGUCAGCAACGGGAACCAGAACAGGGUUUUCCGUAGGCCACAGGAGCAAGGAUUAAUAUCAUUAACUACAGGAACAAUGGUUAAUGUCAUGCGCUACAUAUAGCAACAGGGUUUUACGUCGGCCACAGGAGCGAUAGUUAUUAUCAUCGGCUACAGGAACAGGGUUUUACAAAGGCGACAUGAACAAGGGUUUAUAUUAUCAACAUGAACAGGGUUUUACAUAGGCCACAGGAACACGGGCAAUAUUAUCUACAGGAUUAAAGUUUUAAUAUUAUAGACUACAGGAACAGGGUUUUUAUAUAUGCGACAGGAACAAAAGUUAAUAUAAUGGGCUACAGGAACAGGUUGUUAUUUAGGCAACAGGAGCAAAAGUUAACAACAUGGGCGAAUGGAACAUGGUUUUACAUCAGGAACAGGGUUUGAUAUCAUGGGCUACUGGAACAGGGUUUUGUACUUGGGGCCACAGGAACAAAGGCUAUUAUCAUGGGCUACAGGAACAGGGACUUACAUAGUUCACAGGAACAAUGGUUAGUAUAAUGGAAUACAGGAUCAGGUUUGUAUAUAGGCCACAGGAACAAGGGUUAACAUCAUAGGCCAGAGGAACAGGUUUUUACAUAGGCUUCAGGGGCAAAGGUUAGUGGCUAUAGGAAAAAUUGUUAAAAUUAGCCACGAGAACAAUGGUUAUUACCAUGAACUAUACAGAAACAAGGGUUAAUAUCAUGGGCUAUAGGAUUAGGAGCAGGGUUGUACACAGUCCUCAUGAACAAGGGUUAGUUUCUCAAAUAGUGUUAGUGUUAUAUUGGCUAUAGGAAAAUGGUUAAGCUCAGCCACAGGGAGAAUGAUUAAUAUCGUGGGCUACAUAUAGGAUAGGCCGCCUGAACAAGGUUUAAUAUUUAGGACUCCAGGAAAUAGGGUUAAUACCACAAUUUAACAGUCUACAUGAGUUAACAGGUUAACAGACUACAAGAACACUGUUUGGACAUGGGUUACAAGAACAAGGGUUAAGAUUAGCUCCAAGGAUACCAGAUACAGGAACAAGUAGCUAUCUCAUGGGUUAAAACUUGCACCACCACUUAGGUGCCAAAUGCUCCACAGUGUCAGAGUUCAAAAGUUGUGGAGUUCUCACUCUGUGUGAAGUAUUACAAAUAACAAGAUGUGAUAUUGUAUAUUUUGCACUGUCGACUACCUACAGUAUGUGUGCAUGCUCAGCACCAUUUCUUAGUAGAAGACCUUUUCAAUACUAUUUACGUUGAGGUCAUGUGACAGCAAUCGUUUCAGUGUACAUCAUCGUCUGUGCUUUGUUUUCACACGAAAGGACGCUGGUUCUUGGCAAGAUCAUGAGAAUUAUUUCAGAAGGGACAUACUUCUGUAAAGACAUUGAAAUACUUUAAAGGGUAGGUCGGGGUUUACUGUUCCACCUGGUAAAUCAUCUCUGUGUUAUAUAUGUGGUGAAAUUUGCACAUUUCUAUAUGUCAAGUGGGUUGGUUGCGGCGUCAAACUCACAAAUCCUCCCCCAGGUUUGUGACUCUUCGUCCUGGCCUGUUCUUUCCUGAUGUGUGUUGCCUUCAGACUGUUCCAUAAGGAGAGCUGACGGUUUUCACAGCUGUGACUGUGCAGUGACGCAGCAUGCCUACUACGUACCACUUCAUUGACACCUCCACUCCAACCCCAGCUCACUAGUAAAGGAUGAUCAUUCAAAAAAUAAUCAGUUAAUAACUUUCUGUAACUAAUUCAGGAAAAAAUGCUCAAUAAAAGCGUACUGUUUAGUUACAA